GACGUCUGAUGGGGACCCGGGCGGGGUCGGGGCGCAUGCGCGGUGCGCGCCGGACGCCGCAAGUCUUCCCGAGUCGCCGGCGCUGCUGUCGCGGCGUCCCCAGUCGCGGGCGCCCGGGCUCCCUCCGCUCGGCCAUGGCCCCCUCGCCGCCGUGCAGGCCCCCGAGGUCGCCGCCGCCGCCGCCGCCGCCGCCGCCGCUGCUGCUGCUGCUGCUGCUGCUGAGCGUCGCGCUGCUGGGCGCCCAGGCCCGCGCGGAACCCGCCGCCGGGAGCGCCGUCCCCGCGCAGAGCCGCCCGUGCGUGGACUGCCACGCUUUCGAGUUCAUGCAGCGCGCCCUGCAGGACCUGCGGAAGACGGCCUGCAGCCUGGACGCGCGGACGGAGACCCUCCUGCUGCAGGCCGAGCGCCGGGCCCUGUGUGCCUGCUGGCCGGCCGGCCGCUGAGGACCCUCAGCCAGACCGCUCCCUCACCAAUAAACACCUGGCCCGGCA